AUGGCCACUGUCACCAAGCCUUUGGUUCUGAUCACUGGUGCAAACCAGGGCUUGGGAUUCGCGACAGCACAGCAGCUUGCCAGCACCGGCCAAUAUAAUCUUCUGGUGGCUGCCCGCUCCCAGGAGAAAGCCGAAGGCGCAGUAAAGCAACUGCAAGAGUCUGGCAGUGAAGGGUCUUUGACUCCUAUUGUCAUCAAUCUGGACCAAGAUGAAUCCAUCGCUGCCGCAGCCAAGAUCGUCGAAGAGCAUUUCGGAUCGCUCGACAUCCUCAUCAACAACGCCGGUAUCAACAGGUCGUCAGACCCAAAUGCUACUCUGCGCGAGAGCUACCGAGCGGUGUUUGAAACCAAUGUUUUCGGCGUGGCAGUGAUGACGGCGAGGUUCCUACCCCUCCUGCGGGCAUCGAAGUACCAUGACCGACGUAUUGUCAAUGUAACAAGCGGCCUUGGUCAAAUUGGCAUUGCGUACUCGCCAACCUCAGAGUACAAUGCCAAGGUGUGGGAGCUGCCAGUCUACCGCAGUAGCAAGUCAGCUAUCAAUAUGAUUAGUGCUGUUGAGGCUGUCAGUCUUGAGAAGGAGAGCAUCCUCGUGGUUCUAGCUAGCCCAGGCUACUGUCGCACCAACUUUGGAGGUGGUCGGGGAGUCAAGUCUGCAGAGGAGGGGGCUCGACCUAUUGUGCGGGCUGCUAUUGAGGGUUCACCAAAAGAGCUAUUUGGAAAGAUUGUGGAAGAUGAGAAGAUGCUGACUGAAUUUGGUUGGUAA